AUGGCUUCAGUUUCAGCUGUUGCACUACUCAAGGCAACCACGCUCCUCGCCGUCCUCGCCAUUCUCCUCCUCCCUUCCUCAGCACGCUGCCGCUCACGAGCCCCGGCGCCGGCACCGGCACCGGGUCCCUUGCCACCGGCGCCGACUGGUGUGCGAUGCAGCGACUGCCCCGCGUACUGCGCCGGCGCCGCAAAGGGCUUGUGCGGCAGGUACUGCGGCGACCGGCAGCCACCGCCGGGCUGCGACGACUGCAGGUCGGCGGUGCUCCAGGGGUGCACGGCGUGCUGUGGCGCCGGCGGCGGCUGCAGCAACGGUACCGUCGGAGGACGAGACUGCGGCACGUGCGACUACUGCGGCGGCACCGGUGGGUGCGGCGGCGUGGUGGAGAGCAGGUGCCAGGGCGCCUGCACCGUGAACCUCCGUGCGUGCGAGGACUGCCGGGCCGUGGAGGAACGGCGGUGCAGCGCCUCCUGCAACAGCAACUGCGUCCAGUAA